GCUACUCAUUUGUAGUUACUGAGGGUCCUCAGUGUCCGCAAAAUAAUUUAGGAAUAAUUUAAGAUUUUGUUCUCUAUAUUCUAUCUUUCUAGGGUUCCGUUUAACCAACCCCAUGGCCAAAGUCAUAAACAUGCCGGUCGAUUCUCUAGAUCGCCGCAGGGGCGGCGACCGUAAAGAUAACAACAAUAAUAACAACAGACAGCUUCCGCCAUCUGACGAUCCCAACUUAUCUCCCCCAGCUCCGCCUCCUCCUCGACGCCGCGACCGAGAUUCGCGUGAGCGACGGGACCGUGACUACUACGAUCGCAACCGCUCUCCUCCGCCUCCGCCUACCAGAGAGAGAGAUUACAAACGGCGUAGUAGCAUUAGCCCUCCACCACCGCCGUUGAAUUACAGGGAUAGGAGACACUCGCCUCCGCCUCGGAGGUCUCCGCCUUAUAAGAGGUCUAGGCGUGAGGAUGGAGGGUAUGAAGGGAGGAGAGGGAGCCCUAGAGGCGGAUUUGGACCCGGCGAUAGAAGGUUUGGGUAUGAUUAUGGUGGUGGAUAUGAUCGCGAGAUGAUGGGCAGGCCCGGUUACCCUGAUGAUAGGCCUCAUGGUCGGUACUUUGGUCGCUCUUCUGGUGGUUAUCAAGAUUGGGAUUCAGGCCGUGGUAGAUAUGGUGAUGCUUCUAAUUCAGGGACUACUCAAAGAGAAGGAUUGAUGUCAUACAAGCAAUUCAUUCAAGAGCUUGAGGAUGAUAUACUACCAGCUGAAGCUGAGCGCAGGUACCAAGAAUACAAGUCAGAGUAUAUAGCUACCCAAAAAAGAGCAUUUUUUGAUGCCCACAAAGACGAGGAAUGGUUGAGAGACAAAUAUCAUCCAACAAACUUGGUCACUGUUAUUGAAAGGAGGAAUGAGCUUGCACGCAAAGUUGCGAAGGACUUUUUCCUUGAUCUGCAGAGUGGAACACUGGACUUAACACCUGGUGUCAAUGCUUUGUCAGCAAAUAAAUCCGGACAAACCAGUGAACCUAAUUCUGAAGAUGAAACAGACAUUGGUGGGAAAAGAAGGCGGCAUGGUAGGGGACCUACUAAAGAAACUGAUAUUCUUUCUCUGGCUCCAAAGGCUCAUCUAGUCAGUUCUGAUCCCAGAAGAAUUCAGAUUGACAUUGGACAAGCUCAGGGCCUUGUACGUAAACUGGACUCUGAAAAAGGAAUUGAGGAAAAUAUUUUAAGCGGGUCGGACAAUGACAAAAUAAGUAGGGACAAAUCUCAUGGUAGUUUUGCAGGCCCAGUGAUUAUUGUACGUGGCUUGACUUCUGUAAAAGGCCUGGAAGGUGUUGAGCUUCUUGAUACUCUUAUAACUUACUUGUGGCGUGUCCAUGGUGUGGAUUACUACGGUAUGAUUGAAACUAGUGAAGCUAAGGGUUUUAGGCACGUGAGAGCAGAGGGAAAGAUUUCUGAUAUUACUAGUAAUGGGUCUGAGUGGGAAAAGAAACUGGACUCAUACUGGCAAGAUAGAUUGAGAGGUCAAGAUCCUUUGGAAGUAAUGACUGCUAAGGACAAACUAGAUGCUGCCGCUGUUGAAUCUUUGGAUCCUUUUGUCCGGAAGAUAAGGGAUGAAAAGUAUGGUUGGAAGUAUGGUUGUGGUGCUAAGGGUUGCACAAAGCUCUUUCAUGCUGCAGAAUUUGUGCACAAGCAUCUUAAACUGAAACAUCCGGAACUUGUGAUCGAGCUAACGUCUAAAGUGCGUGAAGAGCUCUAUUUCCAGAACUACAUGAAUGAUCCAGAUGCGCCUGGUGGGACACCUGUUAUGCAGCAACCAAUACCGAAGGACAAGCCUCAGAGACGUAAAGUAAUGGAAAAUCGCUUGAAAGAUGAACGUGGCUUACGCAGAGAACGUGAUAAUCGAGCUAAUGGUAGUGACAGAUUUGAUAGAUCUGAGAACCCUCAAUCAAGUGAUUUUCCGUCCAACAAUGAUGGUCCUGAUGGGGGGAAUCAUGAUGAUCCUAUGUUUGACGCUUUUGGUGGACAAGGGAUGCAUGUUGCAGCUCCAUUUUCUUCAGAUAUUGCACCUCCACCAGUAUUGAUGCCUGUUCCCGGUGCUGGUCCAUUGGGGCCCUUCGUUCCAGCUCCACCUGAACUUGCAAUGCAAGUGUUCAGAGAGCGGGGUGGUCCUCCUUUUGAAGGCAAUAGUAGAAGUGGACGCCCUGGACCAAAUUUAAGUGGACCAGCCCCCUUUCUUUUGCCUCCUGGCUUCCGACAAGAUCCUCGGCGCUUACGAAGUUACCAAGACUUAGAUGCACCUGAGGACGAAGUCACAGUUAUAGACUAUCGGAGUUUGUAGGUACAAGCAAUGGAAGGAACGAUGCACCUGACUGAAUCAGCGAGUUAAUUCGUCAAACAAUCCAAGGUCAAAUGCUGUUAUUUCACGAUUCAAAUGCUGAAUCAGCGAGUAGCAUAUUGACAUUGCAGCAUUUUCUUAAACUUCACCGGUGGGUGGGUAAUAUAGCUGUGCGAUUAAGAGUAGUCCAAGUCUUGUCUGUAAUUGCUGCGACCAAUCUUAUAUAUUUUUUUGUCCCAUAUUAACCUACUUGAAAAAAGAGAUAUAUGAACAGUGGGAUAGCGUGGGACAUACAAUGGUUAACAAAUUUGUAUUUGUUGUAAAAUGAAUUUUUUUUUCUUUUUUUUUUUUGAGCCGAGUAGGAUUUCUCAGGUAGAGGUAGCUGCUUAUUUGUUUGGUCUUUGGAUCUUCGUAGUGUUUAAAUAGAGGUGAUCAUUUUAUAUGCUUGAUAAUAAAAUGGUUCCUGCCUUUGUUUA